UAUGCAAAGGGCACACUAGGAGCUCAGUCCCACAAUGAUGAGGAGCAACACACGCUGCGGCCCCGUGAACUGAAGUUUGUUUACACUUUCCCGCGCAUGCGCUGACAACAUCACGUGACAUGAUCAGCCGCGACAUCAACAGCAAGAACAGCAGCGGCGCGGCUAACGUUUUUACCCUGUCCUUGCAAUCCCCUGUGGUAAAGUAUGACGGUGUGAGCAUGGACCACGACGGCCCGCCCAAGGAACGAAUCCACCCCACGCCAGAGAAGUUCAUCGUCACCAAUUCCAGCUUCAUCGCCGCGCCUUCCGGAACCCCGCUGCGUGCGCUGCUCAUAUCCGGUCAGGGAAACGGUUCCUUCAAUGUAGGAAACGGUUCCUUCAAUGUCGGACUCAGUUCCAGCUUAGGUUCGAACCUCAGUCCAGCAACGCUAACAUCUGGCACUACGCUUAGAACAGCCAACGGCGCGCUUCUUCUUCUGGCAGCACUACAAAGCACCCACUCUUCAACGGCUAUGGGCAACAACCCCACCGGCACCAACGCAGCGGGUGUCAACAACAACAACAACAACAGCAUCAACAACAACAGCAUCAACAACAACAACCAGCUAAAACUGAACCCGUUUCAAAAAGUCGUUUUCACGGAACACGUCCACAAGUCUGAGACAACCAACACCGUCGACACCAGGCCGAUUUCAAACACCACGCCAAGCGUCCUGGGUUCAAAUCCGUCACAAGCAGAACCCACUACGUCAUCGCCACAUACCGGAAGUCUUUCUUCGACAAAUGGCAGCAAGACCACCCCGAGCAGCUAUAUAAACACCACUGUCACCAGUAAAUACGAGGAAGUGACAAGCAAAACCCAUACGGUCGCAAAGCAUCAUGGUUUGCCAAAAUUAUCUUUUGUGCAUAGCUCGAAGUACAGUAAUACUACAUCUAGCAUUAACGGGAAUUUAACAUGUUCUAUAAAUAGUAACAAUCGUCGUGAUAUAAGUAAUGGGGUUAAAAUACACAUUUUCCCACGACAUGGGGAUUCCCCAGAUGACAAGAAAAGCAGUGGAUCUCAAUGCAAGACAGCACUAGACCCCGCCGUGUCUGAUUCUCAAACCUCGUCUUUCAACAGCGGCCUUACCCCCCGCCUGCCGAAAUGUGAUACCUACGAGGGGGCAGGCAAAGGACCCCGCCGUGAGAACAUUAGAACCCCUGCGAAUGAAAUCAGUAUUGUAGCCGGACUAGAAACCCAGAAUGGUCUAGGCCAUAAACCGCAUUCAGGUGAAACCCAGACUAAAACCAUGCCAAAUCCGACACCAGUUUUUAAUCGGGAUUUCAAACUUGGGAAUUCCCGAGAGUUAAAUUGUGAUUUUAUCCAACGGGAAAAUCCGAACCGUUCUUUAGUGGAUAAGAUGGAUACGUCAGAGUGCUUAUCCUGCACCACCACCGCAGCUACGCCCACCAGCAUCACCAUCACCACCAAGACCUCCACUCCAACUCCACAUGUUGAUCUCACGAAGACGGCGCGUACUUCAACUACCUCCCCCACCACCCGACCCCAUCAGCACCAUCAACACUUUCAACACCCCGACCCACCUCCACCUCCCCGCCACCUCAGCAUUUCCGGUACCGCCGUGACGUCAUCGCCGUCCACCUCGUCGCCUUCAUCGUCGUUGUUCUCACCCUCCCACUUCUCGCUGUCCCGCUCCCCCCUCACCGUCUCUGUUCUUACCGAGGGGCUCGACAUCCCCCUGCCAUCCAGAUCUUCAACCGUGGAUACGCCACUACCAUCCAGAUCAUCGAGCUUGGAUACCCCCCUGCCAUCUAGUUCUGCAAGUGUGGAUACGCCCCUGCCGACAACCUCUGAAAAUUCCAUGUCCGACACUGAGAUGUCGCCGCACCCUUUAUCGUCCUCCACGGGAGCAGAAACAGGACGACGGCUGCGGGCUAGGAACUCCAGUCGGAAGUUCCUGCCAGAGAAGACCAGACACAAGCGCCAGACUCUCCAGGAUAUGACCAGACCUCUCAAGAUGUGGCUGGUCAGUCACAGAGAGAACCCCUACCCAUCCAAGCUGGACAAGCUGGAACUGGUCAAGAUGAGUCGCAUGUCCAUGACACAGGUCAGCAACUGGUUCGCCAACGCCAGACGCCGGCUGAAGAACACGGUCAAGGGCGACAACGUCACGUGGGCGACCCGCAUCAAGAGCUACAACAAGUACGCCGAGGGUAACGCUGAGUUGCUGAGUAUACCGUCCGACAUAGAGUCGUGGGACUCGGAGGACGAGAUGUGUCACGAGGACAGCGACCACGCCCACCUGCCCCAGACGGGGGAGAGCAAGUCCGCCACGCCCUCCCCGGCCCCGACCUUGACCUCCAGCCUGAGCGACACGGCGCUGACCUCGCCGGCCACCACACAGAGCCUGCUGACGUCACCCAGCGGGACAACCAGGAACAGCCCGGCGCUAGAGGACAACCACGGGGGUUGUCACAAGUAUAAACAUUCCAUUCUACAGCGUUACUUGCAAGACGCGGCCCAGCAGGCUAUGCUGACAGAAGAGGAAGUGACGUCACGUUCCCGCCACAGAUACCUCUCGUCCUCCACGGGAUCUCACGAGUUCGAGUACCUCUCCACGUCAUCGGUGUCCUCCCCUUCUCACGAGACACACCACGACACUUUUGAAGAUUUCUCUGAAGAGAUGGAAAUAGUAAAUAGACGCAAGUGCACAGAAAACACUAAACUCAACACAACCGAUGAAAUGUACUGGAAAGAAAUAGGAGCAGCACUAGCUUUGACCAGCCUAGCCAGAACCUAUGUCAGCAAGUGAUACAGUUAACUAUCCUGAAAGUGAUACACGCUCUAAGUGAUACAACUAGCUCGGCUAUAAGUGAUAUAACUAUCUGUAUUGCCAAGGCGACGGGAAGGGUGAUAUCCCUUGUUGAAUGGACUUGUUAGCUGUCAAAAUCUGGCUUUGGAUUGGUCCAGUGUAAAUGGGAUAAACUGACAAAAUCUUGCUGACUAAUCCGUCACAAGAUGCAGGGCAUUGUAUUUUGGGGUGAACCUGGACUUCAAAGUUACCCAUAUGAAAUGUGACAAACUAGGAUAGAAAUGAAACUGACUGCUAUGGCCAAUUCAUUAUUGGAGAUGAACAAUUACAGUUGGUGGGCCUGUUGAGGUGGUUGAUCCACUUCAAUAACUGACGCGUCUCACUUCAGCAAUGGAUGCAAUUGAUUUGUUGCAUGAUCCAUUACAACAGCUCACAAAAACAUCCGACCCUUAACCCACUACACCUGACCCUUAACCCACUACUGACCCACUACCCCUGACCCAUAACCAACUACACCUGACCCAUAACCCACUACACCUGACCC